GUGCCUCUCGCAGGUUCUGCUGAAUCGAAGGAACAGGCAAAGGAGAAGCGCUUAAAAGAACGAUUUCCUGUCCUGCUAGCUACUGAGCUGGCCAGGAUCUACGCAGAAUUUCGGGAAAACCCUGCUGUUGCGGUACCCUUCGGGGCGGAUGCACCAGAUUGUAAAGGACCUUACCUACACCUAAUCAACAUCACUUUACACAAGAACAGCCCUGCACCAUCGGUGUACGAGGUGGAGCAACUCGACGACGAAAUGUUAGAUUUUCACUUGAUGAAUGACGAUAUGGACAACGCCGAAAUAGAAGAUGAAGAGCGACUCAGCUACCUGGUCCCAUUCAUCUCCCGCACAAACUGCAGCUAUGGAUGCUGCAAAGACGAUAACGAUGAGAUAGAGGUGAUUGAGAGGCUGGUUGAUGUUCCGCCGCCGUCCCUUCUCCAGUGGAAGGACGAAGAAAAUCACCCAACUAUCUGCCCUGUUUGUCACAAGGUCUUGUUUCUUAAGCCAAACGAUGCCCGCGUCACACGUGUACCGGAAUCUGAUUCUAGC